AUGGUAAGUGGGAACUUUCGUGGAACAUUAACCAUUCAGCAACGACAUUCGACGUUCACGGCUAUCAACCGUGUUGAGGAUGAGGAGGAUAUCGAGGAACACUCGCGCGAGCUUCAAGUCGAGCUUGGUUUCAAGCUAUUCGAAGAAGCUUUAAAUGCACAGAAACAAGACAAGUACGACGAAGCUGACGCGAAAUACGUUGAGCUGUUCGACAUGGAAGUGUUGACGGCCCGAAAUUCCACCAAUAACCCAGCCAUCGAGACCUUGAAGUACUUGUGCUACAGAAAUCGCGGGUUUCUUCGUCUUUCCCAGAUCAUCAAUAAGAAGGAAGACACGGACGUUACAGAGUCUUUCGAGCAUUUUAAGCUUGCUAUAGACGAUCUGUUGACUGCGCUUUGUCACGGAAAGGGUGACUCGAAAUUGAUGGAGCUAUUAAUCCAAAUAUUCGAUCAUUUAGAAAUGAACAAGCUUCGAAGACUCGUGUUCGAAUAUGAAUUACUCAAACCAGAGCUCACGUUGUCUGACCAAUCGCGUACAGGGGCAAUUUUCACCGACGAUGAUGAUAUCCAGUAUGCCUUGAAUCACCCAGAAACCAUGCUUCCUAAUCAGUUGUCGCUGGUUCAGAGCUACAAGAAGUUCCUUGAUCAGCUAGGUGUUAAAUCGGCACAGUACCCGGCUCUUGAAAAGAUAGACUUCAAACCAAUAUCACGAAAGGGUUUGGACAUGAGCCAUUUUCCAACCGCAAAGGAGUUCAAGGAGCUCAACAAGUAUGAGCGAAACAUCAGAGUGGUGGAACUUGCCGAGAGCGGUGAUCAGGUGGCUUUGGUGGACGUUCUCAAACGCAUAAACGAGCUGCCUCCCAAGAAAGGUCGAUCCAAGAUUUAUGAUACAUACAUAUUGACAGAAGAACCAAUUGACAAGGUCGAGUUCGAACUAGUUCAAGCCAUCGACAAACAUGAGGAGCAGGAACCGGUGGCAGAGUUUGUCGAGAACCCAACCGAGGAGCCAAUCACAGACGAAAAAGAGCAGAAUAAUGUGGCGGAAGAACCUUCGAGUCUGAACGGAGAUGAAACUCCUGCGAAGGAACGAAAAGAGCCUGUCCCCGCCGCUGGUAAUUCUGCUCCCAAAGUCACAAAACGUCAAACGAGAGCCAAUAAGGAAGCCGAGGUAAACGAACUCACGAAAGACUCUUUUGAGGGCCAGUUCUACUUCCUUGAAAAUACCCUUCCGAACUUCCUUCUACUUUGUGGUAUCAAAGUGGAGUCUGCAGGCCAUUUGGUGGAUAAUAUCUUACCCAAAUCUGAAUCCGAGGGCCAUCCUAUAGAAUAUCAGGAUAUAGCCACUUUGCUGAACUCUUGGACCAAAGAGGAUACCGAGACCUUGUUUGUGAAGUUGGACGAUACACACAACAACGAAAAGAGUAAAGAAGCAUCCGUGAAAGAAAUUCUCAGUUCUUUUGGUAAGGAUACUCUUGAAGAGCGCAUAACAUUUGAGGUUCUUGAUGGUGGAAAGUUAAAACAGCUAGUACUAUCGCUGGACGACUCGCAACUUCAAUUCAAUCAAAUAAGACUUGCCAUUCUGGAUCAUCUUUUCAAAGUGCGCGAACAUGGAGGUACGUUGGUUACCGAUGGACUUCUUUCUGCCGAUGCGAUUAAACAGCUGAGACUGUUCACCGAUGCUGUCGGGUUGUACGUCUACAAACAAAUGAGCGCAAAACUUAUGAACAACAGCAAGCUGAUUGGAGAAGGUUUGGAGUUUGGAGUCUCUAUUCUAGAGUUGUUGGUGGAUUACUUCAUCUCACUGAAGCUUGAUCAGAAAUUAAAAAAGUACGGAAGCAAAGCGUUGUUUAAUGAGGUGGUUCAAACAGAGCAGAUCACCUCGCGCAGAAUCGAGCGCUGGAUCUCGUUGCUAGAUGAUUAUUUUGGGUGCAUCGAGUUCAACAAGUCAAUCUCUCAACUUUGGCUGCGAUCCAAAUGGUGUCAUAUGUGCUAUCUACAAAACUUGUCUUCGUUUGACCCCGAAAUCUUAUCCGCAAUAUUAACAAAGAUGGCCGAGAAGUCACAAGGUUUGGACUUCCAUGUGUUGAUGAUCAACUAUCCAAACAUCCCACGGUUGAACAGAACGAAUUUAGAGGUUCAAUUGUCAAAAAUGAAGAUCUUUAAAGCGUUCACGACAAACGAUUCUUCUAAUGAGAUUCUUGAGAAAAUCUUGGUUGACGACGAUCAGAGUAAGGCCAAAUAUACCAAAGAGGAAAAAGAGAUGGACGAGUUCAUCAGCAAGUCGCCAUUUGAGCUCAAGAUGCGUUUGUGGACCAUGCUAUUCAAGUUCUACCGUGAAUCGAAGUUCACUGACAAGUUUUUGCGUGGAUUUGAAAGAGUCUUGAAGAUCAUGCUUGAAGAACUCGACGGAAAAGCUUUCACGGAAAAGACGUUUUUUCAACGUAAGCAGGCCAUUCUGAAAGUCUUGGGAUUUUUUGACCUGUUUGUUAAGGAUCUUGUCGAAAUCGGAAUGAGCAGACAAUGGCAAUUGCAGUUGAGCAAGCCAAAGGAGAUGAUACCGUUACUUUAUCGUGUCUUGACUUUGACUUAUAUGUUUUUGCUUCAUGAGGAUGGAGCAGAACAGUCCAACACCCGCACUUCACUAAAGUCCAGAUCCAAACUGGCAUACAACAAGUUCUGUGAUAUCACUGUGGCCAGUUAUGCUCUUCUUGCACUGUACUACUCAGAUGCUUUAGAAGACCCUAAACCGGAGUAUAUCAACGACUUUUACGGAUCCUUGCACGAACAGCUGGGACUUCGGCACAUUUGCAGCGAGUGCAAAAGUGCAUUUCUCGACCUUGUUGAAGUGAAACUUGCAGAGCUUGAAUGGGAUCAGUCAGACAAUGAUUUCUUCCAAACGCUAAAGUGCCGCUACGGUUUGAAUAUCUCAACAGAGAGCUUCAACACCUUCGAUCAUGGCAACGAGCCAGGCGUGAUGCAAAAACAGAAUGCUAUCACUGUCAACAAGUACAUGAUGAAAUACUGUUUCAAGAAAAAGCAUCCGAUUUUCAAUGUUCCUAAGACCGACAUCAAGAGUGUCUUGGACUUGAUUUACGACGUUUUGGGAGACCCUGCUCCAGAAGAUUAUAUGGUCACCAACAAUAUGGAUACCUUGAGCGAGUACUUGGAGUCGAAAUCUUUGAAUUCCAGACUCAUGAGAUUUGCAUUCUAUGGUCUAUUAACGAUACCUUUUGAGGACGGUACAGAAACUGCCGAGCCAAGAGCAGAAGGUGUUUACUUCAUGCAAGGAUUACUGGCAUUGACAUUGUUCAAGAUCAGAAAAAGAACCAUGCAGGGGCGUUCCGCUGAGCUGGACUUUGUCAUCAAGAUGUUCGAAUACGAUAUAGCCUCUGGCUCAAACAGGUUUGAGUCCUGGCUGCUUCUAGCACAGGCUUACUCGUUCCUGGCAGAAGAUGACAUUAUCUGGACAUCUGACAAGCUUAACAACAUUGACAAGAAACGAAACGCAGCUUCUGUGCAACGCAAGUCUCUCCUCUGUUUCUUCAUGGCAUUGAGCGUUUAUGCGCAGCUGAGUGAUGAACAGAAAGACGGACUAGUUGGUGUCUCAUCUCUUUUAUGGACCUCUUUGGGGAAAGAGCUCUACAACGCCAUGAUGAGUCCUAUGGAGCGUCUGGCUAUCACCACCGGAACUGAGACUGAACUAACUCUACCAGAGAGAUCGAUCGUUGUUGUUGGUGCCAACCAUCCACCACUAAAUGUUGUCAUCUACCGUGUUCUCGAGAUAUGUUUCACACAUGCUUGCAACCUCAAUCCGAAAGACUGGUACUCCUACUUUUAUCUGGGUAAGUCUCAGUCCAAGCUUCGCAGCAAGAAGAGAACUCCAUUGGUGAUGAAGAACGUCCUUAAGUCGUGUGAACUGGCUCUAAAAUCCAGCGAUAAAGACGAUCCUAUCGUGGAACCUCAUUACUAUCUCUGCUCCACGAUCUACAAGCUGGUGAUGGCCGGAAACUUGUCGAUAGAAGAAGGUAUGAGCUACCUCAAAUCUGACACUUUACUGCAAGAUCAAACAUUUGAUGCUACCAAUCACGAAGAAUUUGGUCAGCUCACUAUUGCUGUUCUUCAGAAGUGUCUCGCUUACGACAAGAAGAAGUGGCAGCAUAAACCAAGAUACAGAAUCGCCAAAAUAUACGUGGAUCAGUUUAACGACGUGGAGUCCGCAAAGAAGGAGAUGCUUCUUCUGGUUAACCUGAGGUCCACUGUUCGUCAUCUGAGCAACAUUUGGAAGCCAGAGUACGAGCGUCCGGGGAAACACUUUGUGUACAAUUACCGGUACAUUUUGUUCACUGUGGAACUUCUUGACAAGUCCAAUGAUGUCUACUCUUUGUUCCAGCUGAUCAAGAAGCUGCGGAAACUGGGUUCUAGUAUGAUUGACCAGAUCAAGGUGUUUGACUAUGCUGUUGCCAGAACAUGUUCUAUCAUCAAAACCAUCGUCAAAGUUGAGCCUGGGUUUUUGGACGACACCUUGUCGAAGCUGGUCUACACCGAGUUCAUCUCCAAUUGUAAGGAGUUUGUCGAGAGCAUGAAGAAGAAAGAGACUUUUACCGACGAGGAAAAGCUGAUUCUUUACUUUUUGAGCGAGGUCGGCGAGUUCAGACGUAUGGCCAACGGGUUUGCUGCUACCGGUGUGAUCGACGAGUGUUUCCACACCUUGUAUCUGAUUUUGUUCACUCGCUAUUUGGACAGCUCGAAGCCAGAACAACCUGCGGCUACUGGUACUGACAAGCUUGCUCCGCAAGUGGAGUUCAUUGGCUCGCCAGCGGCAAAGGCGGGUCCUCCGGGAACCCCAUCGCGUGAGAAGGUGAAGGUGGCCAGACGUGACAUCAGUCCGUUUUGUACGCAAACCAUCGCGGCGGUGAGCAAGCUACUUGAUUCGAUAAAACGCGAACAUGGCGAGGGAAAUUUCCUAAAAUACACAAUAGACGGCGAAACCGCAAGCGAGAACGGCAAAGAAGUGAAGCCUGCUGUGGAAGCAGAAACCAAACGGUCUCUUGACGAAGAAGAGACGGGGCCUGAGCCCAAAAAAUUGAAGCUGGAGUCGGAGCCGGAAAACACGCCCGAGCCUGCCGAUAAGUAG